CCAUGUCGUCCUCCUCUGCUGCCGUCGCCGCGCCGGUGGAGCACAUGGUGCUCAUCAAGCUCCGCCCGGACGCCGUCUCCUCGGGGGCCGCCGCCGCGAUGGUCUCCGCGCUGCAGGCUCUGCCCGCGCUCGUCCCGGGGGUGUCCUACCUCCACGCGGGCCCCGUGCUCCGCCUCCGCUCCCCGGCCGCGGACGCGCUGGGGCCCACCCACCUCCUCCACUCCCGCUACGCCACCAAGGCCGACCUCGCCGCCUACGCCGCGCACCCGGACCACGUGGCCGCCGUGCAGGCGCACAUCGUGCCCAACGCGCUCGACACCACCGCCGUCGACUGGGUCAACGCGGCGGAGUCCCCGUCACCCGUCGGCCCAUGCGCCGCCGUGCGGCUCACCCUCGCCAAGGUCAAGGAGGGGCCGGACGUCGGGCAGGUCCUGGAGAAGGUAGCCAAGGCUAGCAAGGACGCCGGGGAUGUGGCCAGGGUCAGCUUCGAGGAGAACUUCUCGCCGGCGCGGGCCAAGGGGUUCCAGUUCGUGAUGGUGGCCGUGUUCGACAGCGUGGAGGAGCUGGACGCCGUGGAGGCGGACGGCAAGGUGGAGGAGGCCAAGGCCGCCCUCAGGCCCAUGCUCGACGAGGUCAUGGUGCUGGACUUCGUCGUCGACGCUGCGGCACCGGCGAGCCUCUGAUGAUUUGGAAUCCUUUGUGAAAUUUGUAUCCAUCUUGAGAUGAAUAAGAAUUGCAUGUCUGAUUAUAC